UCUUUACCCCGCCUUUCUCCGUGCCCUUCCAAAGCUGGGUUCGCUUCAGCGAGACCUCUCACGGGAGAGAACGCAAAAGGGACCAUCGGUCGCGCCCGGCUUACGUCACGCAGGACUGCGCGUUAGGAGGUCGUGUCGCGCCCCCUCUGACGUCGCGCAGGCUAGGCUUUGGGGACCUUGGACCCCAAAGGUCCAUGCUGGUCCCGGCCAGGCCUCCACAUCCUCCCAAGGCUCCCGUGGUUUUCCUGGCUGGUAUCACCCGCUGACAGGAUGUGUAGAGCUCUGGUUCCAUCAGUAUCAUUUUAGGCGAUACAGCCUUCCGGACCCAACCCCCGCAUACUGCGUCAGAGUAAUCAGGAGAAUCUGUGGUUGUAGCAGGCGCCACAAAGUGAGCUGGUUUGACCAUACCCUAAGAAGACACAGAAUUUAUCUGAAGUCACCAGGCAGUUAGGCGGCAGUAAAGCCGAGGUCAGAACCCGGGUUUUCUGCAGAUGACUUUUCCCCACUGCCCAGCCUGUCUUGAUUGAGCUGGGAACACCACAGCAAGGUGAUGGUGUGGCCAGAAUACUUUAUCAGGUGACAGAGUAGUAGGAUGGUCAAGUGCAGUUUGGAGUCAGAGGGCUGCCCAGGAGCUGCAGGACAAGCCCCAGGAGGCCCUCCGGGUAGCUACUACCCUGGACCCCCUCAUGGGGGAGGGCAGUAUGGCAGUGGGCUACCCCCUGGUGGUGGUUAUGGGGGUCCUGCCCCUGGAGGGCCCUAUGGACCACCAGCUGGUGGAGGGCCCUAUGGACACCCCAGUCCUGGAGGACCAUAUGGCGGUGCGGCCCCAGGGGGCCCCUAUGGUCAACCACCUCCAAACUCCUACGGUGCCCAGCAGCCCGGGCCUUAUGGACAGGGUGGCGUCCCACCCAACGUGGAUCCUGAGGCAUACUCCUGGUUCCAGUCUGUGGACUCCGACCACAGUGGCUACAUCUCCAUCAAGGAGCUGAAGCAGGCUCUGCUCAACUCCAACUGGUCAUCGUUCAAUGAUGAGACGUGCCUCAUGAUGAUAAACAUGUUUGAUAAGACCAAGUCAGGCCGCAUCGAUGUCUACGGUUUCUCGGCCCUGUGGAAAUUCAUCCAACAGUGGAAGAACCUCUUCCAACAGUAUGACAGGGACCACUCGGGCUCCAUUAGCUACACGGAGCUGCAGCAAGCUCUGUCCCAAAUGGGCUACAACCUGAGCCCCCAGUUCACUCAGCUCCUGGUUUCCCGCUACUGCCCGCGCUCUGCCAGUCCUGCCAUGCAGCUUGACCGCUUCAUCCAGGUGUGCACCCAGCUGCAGGUGCUGACAGAGGCCUUCCGGGAGAAGGACACAGCUGUGCAGGGCAACAUUCGGCUCAGCUUUGAGGACUUCGUCACCAUGACAGCUUCCCGAAUGCUAUGACCCAGCCCAUCUGCAGAGAGUGGAGCGCACAAGGGACCUUUCCUGGCUCCUUAUGGUGGGACAAGCGUGUGGACCUCUCUUCUUUUCCUCCCCCUUCUAAAAAAAGAUUCUCCCUUGCUUGAUGCAGCACUGUUCCCAAAGAGGGUUGGUAAUCCUGUAUCAAAGCCACCAGAUAGUGAGGGGCCUGAUCUAGGGGAGGACUGGAAGUUGAAUGGCACAGCCUUGCACCAGGAGCAGGAGAUAUCGGUCCUUGUAAUGGAGUUAGUGUCUGAUCAGCUGGGCUCCCACCUCCAGCUUUCCCCUUUCUGCCCUGACGCCAGUGGUAAGUGUAAGUGUUCAUUAGCUUGUUACCAUUGGCACCUGUGUUCCCUCACCUAGGCUGUACUGUCAAAUGAGCCCAUUUCUCCAAAGUGGAGUCUGAUCAAGCAUGAGAGAUUUGCCCAUGGGACCAGCGGCUUGGAUUCUGCCACAUCCGCAAGUCCUUGUGUGUUAACUUCUAGCUGCCUGGGGUCUCUCCCUGCUCAGGGAGCUCAGACAGUCUGCUCCCUGGGCAUCUGUGGCCAGGCUACUGCCAUUUGCAGCUUGGAUCCCUCACUUGCCUGCCAUGCUCUGCUUGGCUUCAGUCCCCAGGGGACAGUUGUCACCUCCCUCUGCCAAUGCUUUUUUUUUAAUUGUAGUUUUUUCAUUUGGGGCCAAAAGUCCAUUGAAACUGUAAGCUUCAAUAAAAGGAUGAAACUCUGGAGGUCCAUGUUUUCCACCAUGA